GAAGAAUUUCGUCGUCGGAUCUUCUUUUUGUCUUCGUGUUUCUCUCUCAAUCGAUCAGAUCGGAAGGCGAUUGAAGAUUUUAAUUUCCGUUGUAUUGUUGCGCAGCGCAGAUGAUUGACGAUCAGGAACUAGGUUUUCUUGCCAAUUUUCUCGGCAUUUUUAUCUUUGCCUUAGUGAUUGCCUAUCAUUACGUUACGGCUGAUCCGAAAUAUGAAGGCAACUGAGAUCUCGUUGAUUCAGAUGCCUAGAUUGAUUGGUAAAAUGCACUACUGUUAGAUGUAUACUGUUUUUGAUCUGUAUGUUAGGUUUUCCUUUUUCUCCUAUGAGAAUUUUCUCCCGGCAACAAUCGAUGUAAGCAACCUUUCACUAUGAAAUCGUAACGUAUUUUCAUUAUUUUUCAUGGC